GCCAGAAGGGGAUCUGUCGUAGUGUCACUCACCAUUCCACAUCACGGAAAGGGGAGAGAGGAAAACAAAAGUUAACGUUUGCAACUUCUCUACUCACUAUAAGACUCCACUCAUUUUUUGUGCACGUUUGGAAUUAUUGACCAGUCGUUGAAAUUCCUGCCGACUAGCUGUAUUUGCAGAUUCUGUUUUGCGAAAAGUUUUUGUCAUAUUUUCUUAAGGAUUGCCUUUGUUUGACGUUUCGCUUCAGAAAAAAAUGCGUGAGUGCAUUAGCGUCCACAUCGGUCAGGCCGGCGUGCAGAUUGGCAACUCGUGCUGGGAGCUGUACUGUCUGGAACAUGGCAUACAGCCGGACGGCCAGAUGCCAUCAGACAAGUCGUUUGGUGGAGGCGAUGACUCGUUCAACACGUUCUUCAGUGAAACCGGAUCCGGCAAACACGUACCGAGAGCCGUGUUUGUGGACCUGGAGCCCACGGUUGUUGAUGAGGUGAGGAAUGGGACGUACCGUCAGCUGUUUCAUCCCGAGCAACUUCUCACCGGCAAGGAAGAUGCCGCCAACAACUACGCCAGGGGCCACUACACCAUCGGCAAGGAGAUCGUGGACCUGGUCCAGGACAAGAUCAGGAAACUGGCAGAGAUGUGCACGGGACUGCAGGGUUUCUUGUUGUUCCACAGUUUUGGUGGGGGCACGGGUUCAGGGUUCACCUCCCUGCUCAUGGAGAAACUCAGUGUGGACUACGGGAAGAAAUCGAAACUCGAAUUUUCUAUCUACCCAGCGCCGCAGGUGUCCACUGCUGUGGUCGAACCCUACAACUCCAUCCUCACCACCCACACCACACUGGAACACUCGGACUGCGCCUUCAUGGUUGACAACGAGGCCAUCUACGACAUCUGCCGGCGUAACCUUGACAUUGGGAGGCCGUCGUACACCAACCUGAACCGCCUGAUUGGUCAGAUCGUGUCGUCCAUCACCGCGUCACUGAGGUUUGAUGGUGCCCUCAACGUUGACCUCACGGAGUUCCAAACUAACCUGGUGCCCUACCCGAGGAUCCACUUCCCCCUGGCUACCUACGCGCCGGUCAUCUCGUCAGACAAAGCGUGCCACGAGCAGCUAACAGUGGCCGAGAUCACCAACGCUUGCUUUGAGCCGGCCAACCAGAUGGUCAAGUGUAACCCUAUGCAAGGCAAAUACAUGGCCUGCUGUCUGCUGUACAGAGGAGAUGUGGUUCCUAAAGAUGUCAACGUUGCCAUAGCAACCAUCAAAACAAAGCGGACCAUUCAGUUUGUCGACUGGUGCCCGACAGGAUUCAAGGUCGGCAUCAACUACCAGCCCCCCACUGUGGUCCCUGGAGGGGACCUGGCCAAGGUGCAGCGCGCUGUUUGCAUGCUGAGUAACACAACCGCCGUGGCUGAAGCCUGGGCUAGACUGGACCACAAGUUUGACCUGAUGUACGCCAAGCGAGCUUUCGUCCACUGGUAUGUGGGCGAGGGCAUGGAGGAGGGCGAGUUCGCCGAGGCUCGCGAGGACUUGGCUGCUCUCGAGAAAGAUUACGAAGAGGUGGGUGUCGACUCCAUAGGCGAGAACGCCGAAGACGGUGAAGGGGGCGACGACUUUUAACACCCACCCUGCGUGUCAGAUACACCUGUAGCAGUAUUUUGAUGUGACACUAGCCGGGGACUAGACAAAUCAAAGAUGUAAGAACGACAACUAGAGUCUAGGGGGAGUAACUCGGCUGAUUGGUGUGAAAUUUAUAAUCUACCUGUGUCGUUUAAACAUUUUUUAAACGAGAUUUUCAAUGAUAAUAAUGAUUAAUAUAUGGAAAUAAUAAUUUUGAUCGUAUUUUUUUAUAUUAAAAUCGAUGUUAAAUCCUUAAUUAAAAGAUUAAUUUCCCAGCAUACUGUUAGGAAAAGCAGUGAAGCCCUCUCUAUGCCAUAAGAAUAGUUUUUUUUUUGUCCCUCUUUAUUGGCAGCACAGGUUUUAUUUGGUCAAAAUUCCGCUAAAGAGAACUGAAACUAGUUCACGUUCUGCAGUAUUUCGCCAGAAAAAUCAUUUCAUCUUUCAUGUCAAAAAUUUUUUAUAACAACAUUUUGUGAUCAUUUUGUACUUGCCUUGAGAUGUGUUCAUUUUUUUAAAAAAUAAAUCAACAU